AUGGCCCCUCCAAAGGUCUUUUCGCUUGAAGGCAAGGGUCUCAAGCUGGACACCGCCGCCGAUGUUGAACCUCACAUCCAGCCUCUCCUGGAGAGCACCGACUACACGGAAGUCCGCCUGGGCGGCAACACCUUCGGUAUUACCGCCUGCGAACGCAUCGCCGCCGCGCUGGCGCCGCAGAAGUCUCUCGAAGUCGCUGAGUUCGCCGACAUCUUCACCUCCCGCCUGAUCGAAGAGAUCCCCGAAGCCCUGACCCAUCUCCUGAACGCCCUCCUCGAGAUCCCCACCCUCCAUACCGUCAACCUCUCCGACAAUGCCUUCGGCCAGAGAAUGUCCAAGCCCCUCGUGGACUUCCUCUCGCGCCACAUCCCUCUCCGCCAUCUGAUUCUGAACAACAAUGGUAUGGGUCCGGAGGCUGGUGCCCACAUCGCCGAUGCGUUGCGUGACCUGGCUGCCCGCAAGGAGGAGGCCCGCAAGGCGGGCCAGGAGGUGCCCCCGCUUGAGAGCAUCGUGUGCGGCCGGAACCGUCUGGAGAGUGGUAGCAUGGCGGCGUGGGCACGCGCCUACGAGGUCAACGCGGCGGGCAUGCGCUCCGUCAAGAUGACGCAGAAUGGUAUUCGGCAGGAGGGUAUUGUGCUGCUGCUGCGGGAGGGUCUGCGCCAUGCGACGGCGCUGGAGGUCCUCGAUCUGCAGGAUAACACAUUCACGGUCACCGGUUCGACUGCCCUGGCUGAUGUGGUGACCAGCUGGCCUGAGCUGCGCGAGCUGGGCGUCAGUGACUGCUUGCUGUCUGGUCGUGGCGGUGUCAAGCUUGCGAAGGCGCUUGCUGCGGCGAAGAACGGGAAGCUGGAGACGCUGCGGAUGCAGUAUAACGAGAUUACUGCGGAGGGCGUGAAGCAGUUCCUGCAUGCGAGCAAGACGGCUCUGCCCUCGUUGCGCCGUAUCGAGCUCAACGGCAACAAGUUCAUGGAGGAUGAUGAGAAUGUGACUGAGCUGCGGGAGAUCCUGGAGGGUCGCCAGGAGGAGCACGGCAAGGACGAUGACCCGGAGGACAUGUGGGGAGUUGAUGAGCUGGAUGAGCUCGAGGAGGAGAGUGAAGAAGAGGAGGAGGAGGAAGAGGAAGAGGAAGAAAAGGCCGAGCGGAUUGUCAAGGAAGCCGAGGAGGCAGAGGGAGAGAAAGUCGCCCAGGAAGCGGACAAGGAGGUGGACCAGCUUGCCGAGGCCAUGGGCAAGACCAGCAUCUAG